AUGGAUGAGUUGGUAUCGAAGAAGCGACAUGAAGAAGGAUGGGUAACGGCAGGCAAAGAUUCUUCUAUUAUGCAUGAUGAGAACUUGGUCGUCCGUCAUGCAGAUUCAUUGCACUCAUUAAAGAAGAUGCAUCAAGACUUGGUGAAGAUGAAAGCUAAAAUCGAUGAACAACUAUCCAAAAUUUCAUGUUCUUUGAAGGGAAUGGAGGAAGAGAUGGGAGAGCUAACUUCCACUGUGGAAGAACCAGAGAAGAAGUCAGAAUCACAAGGAAUGGCGAUAGGGUCGGCAGUAUCAGUAGCAGGGAGUGGUGCAAAAGCGGAGGGAGGAAGGAUGAAAAGAAAAGGAGAAAAAGAAAAAGGAGUGGCGGACCCAAGAGCAGGCGAUGAAGAAGGAAAAAACGUGGGAGUUGGCAAGUCAGAAGAAAAAGCAGCAAAAAUACAGAGACUGAAGAGCGGUUUCAGGUUAUGCAAGCCACAGGGAACAUUCCUGUGGCCAAGCAGCAUGGCUGUGUCCCCUCAGGUUGUGGUCCAGGUGGAAGACCUCCUGGCGCUCCCCACUCCUCCGUCUGUCUCUUCCUCCACCUCACCACCACUACCACUACCACUACCACUACCACCACCGCCGCCGCUGCCGCUAUCACAACCCAUCUCCCCUGUCAAACCCUUGGCUGAGAAGCGCCACGUCAACCUCACACCUCAUCACACUACCACCCUCAUCAACCUCAACGAACCCCCUUCAGUUACUGCUUCCACCAACAAUGGAUCUCGCGGGACCUCUGCUUCCGUGUCUGGCCUCUAUCAACCAAAUCAUACUCCCACCAUCACUGAUGUUUUGCCACGUGGUAAAAUUGGGAAGGAUGUGGUGAAUCCAUGGGAGGAUUUGGCAGGACCUGAAUCGAAGAAUUUCACAGGAUACUCUCACCAGUGGCAGCAGCGAAGGGGAUACUCCAACUCCAGCACCUCCACCUCCACCUCCACCUCCAACACAUGCUUGGCCAUGGGAAUGGGGACCUGGCUGGCUUUGUCUAGUCCCAACUCAAUGGAUAACUCACACCGGAAUUAGCUCAUUACCACUUUUGUAAGUGGUCUUUUGAUUUCACACCCAUCACUAGUAGAGACUUAUUACAGUAAAUAUAAACUGGAUGUAUGAAUGAGAACCCAUACUUGCCCCGACUUGUAAACAAGGCACUACCUUACAAAUCUGUAACUUGGAUUUGGAAAUAUGUAUACUGAACAGGAGAGAAUACCAUGAAACUAUAUGGCCACUUUUACUUGAUA